AUGCGUGGAGAAAUUGGUAGAGGGGCUGGGUGUCACCUUUCGCCUUCGGUAGAACUGAUCGAUCGAGGAUCAUUCGAGUACCAAGCGUCUGUCACCAGUCGAUCGACGCUGGUCCGUUUGAUCCCGCUGACGAAGCGCCUGUAUCGCCAACAGGAGACGUUCACAAUGUGCUGGAAACAACUGCGAAACGCAACUUACUAA